GGAGCAAUAGCAAGCGGCAGAUUCUUUCCCAGAGGCUGCAAUGCAAAAAUUGCAAGGUGUGGUUCAGGAGUUGCAGCCCAGAAUAAAAAUGGAGAAGCACGGCUUGGCAGGACCCAAAGCUGAUGAAGGAUUGGAGGUAGGAGGGAAGGAGCCUCACGUUGUCCAAGUUGGCACUAUCCGCGAGUUUCUGGCAGGGUCAGCGCCAACACAAAUCAAGCAGGAGCCUGAGGAGGGGCUGCAGCAGCGGUGGGAGGCCCAGUGGCAGGAGUUCCUGAAGACGGUGGAGUCCCCUCACUCGGGAUGGAGACACCUCAAGUUACCCGAGCCUAUGUCGGAAGAGGAGACGAAGGAAUUUCAGGCCUCCUUCAAGGAAAUAGCUGGUGCCAGCCAAUGGUCUAGAGGCGAGUGGAUGACCCAGACUGUGCCCGGCCUCAAGGGGGUCCAUAAACCCAACGGAGGCCUGGAUCCUUCUGUGAAGGUGAAGGAAGAGAUUGUAGGUGAGGUCGCCCUCACCUCGGAGAUGAGGCGCCAGCGCUUCCGGCACUUCUGUUAUGAGGAAACUGAGGGGCCACGGAAAGUUUGCAAGCAGCUCUGGGAGCUCGGCCAUCAAUGGCUGAGGCCGGAAAGGCGCACCAAAGACCAGAUCCUGGAGGUGCUGAUUCUGGAACAGUUCCUGACCAUCCUGCCAUGGGAAAUGCAGAGCUGGGUGAGGGAAAACGGACCUGAGACCUGUGCCCAGGCAGUGGCCUUGGCCGAGGAUUUCCUCCUGAGGCUGCAGGAGCCUGAGAGAUGGGAAAGAAAGGAGUCAGAGCUGUUGGAGGGCUCCUUCAUCACCACCCCAAAUUCAGAGCAGGAUCCAUCAGAUGCCGUGAAGAUGCAGCUGUCCAUGGAGGGCAAGCAAGAAGGUGACAAAGAUGUCACCUAUUUUGAAGAAGCUGAGAAAGCACAGGAGAACGAGGUGGAGACCUUUCAGCUGGGGAGACCUGAGCAAGUGACUGUUUGCGAAAUAUCACUGGAAGGGACCAAAGGGGAAUUUUUCCAGGAGAUUGAGAUGCCUGGAAGCCCCUCAGGCCCCGGAAAUCACUGGGAAAGCCAUACAGAGAAGACUUCGGGAUUUCUCUGUGAGGAAAGCGACCUGGGCUUACAAGAAGGUACCUUCCAAGAUGGAAUCCUCAAGUGUAAAAUCAAGAAGGAACAGGUGGAUGUCGAGAGCUUUGAUCUGUUGCAGGGUCAGACUGUGCAAAUGACGGUCAAACCCUAUCAGUGCCUCUACUGCGGGAAGACCUCCAAUUGCAAAGCAAACCUCGUCGUACACGAGAGAACCCACACUGGGGAGAAACCCUACGCCUGCUUAGACUGUGGCAAAAGCUUCAAUCGGAAGUCGACCCUUGUCCGGCACAAGCGGAUGCAUACGGGAGAGAAGCCGUAUGAAUGUGCACAGUGUGGGCGGUGCUUCAGCAUCCGGUGUAACCUCAUCAAUCAUGAAAGAAUCCACACGGGCGAAAAGCCAUACAGUUGCACUGACUGCGGGCAGAGCUUUAGUCGGAGGCUUCAGCUAGUUAUACACAGGAGGACCCACACAGGAGAAACCCCUUAUCGAUGUGCCCAGUGUGGGAAAUGCUUCACCCGUCGCUCUUCCCUCUUAACACACGAGAGAAUCCACACAGGAGAAAAACCGAAUACGUGCACGGAUUGUGGGAAGAGCUUCAUCCAGAAAGGCUACCUUCUGAUACACCGGAGAAUUCAUACUGGCGAGAGACCGUAUAAAUGCACAGCAUGUGAGCAAAGGUUCCUGAACCGGAGCGAUCUCCGUAGGCAUGAGAAGAUCCAUACAGGAGUGAAUCAAUGAGAAGGGCAGGAUGAGAAAAGAGGCUGUGGCAUUGAGCAGGGUACCACUAAUCCAAGCACUUGGCGCGAAACCACUAAUCCAAGCACUUGGGCAGUAGGUCUUUCCCAGCACUUAAAGACUCUUCAAAACAAGACGCUAAGGACUGAAUUUCAGAUUUUCACAUACCUUGCGUGUAAGCCACCAUGAAGCCGCAGCCCCUCAGUAUUGAUACCACCCACUGUUGACUGCCCAGAGACCAUAGGAUUUGCUAGAAAUAGAAAAGCAUUUAAUUUUUUUUAAGACUUAUUUUUACCUUUAAAAAUUUCUUAGAAAGGUAACAUAAAAAAAUCGUCUGAGGUGCAGACAUCUUUAUUAAGAGCUUGAAAAUUGUUGUACCACCUUCCUUGCAAGCUUUUGGGACUUUUCAGUUGGGAAAAGAAGGGGUGCAGGUGCGGGUGCGGGAUGAGAGUGCUUUUAUAAAAUGUUGAAAGAAAGUCAACAGAGUGAACUUUUCCCUCUAGAAUAUUAGAACUUGGGGUGACAGGCACUAGAUUUGGGAUAGAGGCAAAGAAUAAAAUACUGUUUCACACAAUUCAGUCUGAACACUUGGAACUCUCUGCUACAAGACGGAGGGAUGGCUGGUAGUUUAGAUGCCUUUAAAGGGGGAUUUCAUGGUGUGGGGCUUUAUUGAUGGUUAUUGGCUAUGAAUAGGCUUGCCAAGAAAUCAGAGAAAAAAAUCCUGUCACUUUAAGAGAAGCCUAGUAUGGUAGAGUUGCCAGCUCUAGGUGGGGCCUGGAGAUCUGGAAUUACAGCUGGUCUUCAGGCUACAGAGAUCAGUUCUCCUGGUGGAAAUGGCUGCUUUGGGAGGUGGACUCUAUUGUAUUAUACCCAGCUGAGGUCCUUCCCUUCCCCAAAUCCUGCCCUGUCUAGGCUCAACUAGAUUUGCCAGGUCCCCUGGGGCCCAACCUGAGGAAUGGGGUGUGUGUGUAAGGAUGCACACCGGGGGAACUUAUCUCACGCGCAAAGCAUACAGGAGCGUGCUCCAGAGUUCCCAGGCCCAUUCCCUGCACCUCCCCACCUCCCCCACUGGCCAGGUAAGCGGUGGCUGGGAGCGGAGAAUCCCCUGCCCCCACUGGGGGAAUGGAAUCCCCUAGGCUGAAUCCCCAAAUCUCCAAGAAUUUCCCAUCUUGGAGUUGGGAACCCUAAUGUGUAGAAAUGGGCAGCUGAAGCUUUUCAUGGCAUGGAACAUCAGCUGCUAAAUAACAUCCCACUAAUCCUCUCUUAGGUUGGAAGGUGGCCUGGUCUUGUCAGAUCUCAGAAGCUAAGUAGGGUUGGUCCCAGUCAGAACUUAGAUGGGAGGCCGGGAAGACCACCGGGGAAGCUGGGGUUGCUCUGCAGAGGAAGGCAACAGCAAACCAGCUCCGCUCUUCAUUUGCCUUGAAAAUCCCUUGACAGGAUCACCAUAUAGUCAGUUACAAAUUGAUGGCACACACAUACAUAUAAGCCUCUAUUAAGAGAGACAGGACUUUUUUCCUUCAGUUUGUUGGCAACCAUCAGUGUGAGAGCUGAAGGGAAUGUAGAUAUUCUGAGGAACCGUGCAUUUGAAAUCCUAGUGGUGAAUGGUAGGGGAAGACUUCAUGCCCCGCCUGUGAAUUUCCUCGAAUCCUCGAGCUAGCUGCUAUUGAAAGCAGGAUGUUGGAUAGGUGACCAUUUGGUCCGAUCCAGCUGGGCUUUUGUUAUUCUGGCUUGUUACUUCUCAAACCAGAAUUGCUCUUCAAGGGGACAUGUUAAAAUGACAAUUAAACUGUGUCUAAAGCUAGUAUAUAAUGAAUAUUGAUUAAAGAAAAUCCCAGUGAUUCUAAUCGCACUUAGAAUAUUAAUACUUAUUCAACAAGGGACAUUAGCACAGGAAAUAUACAGUUAAUGGCAGAGGUAUGAUUUUAGGGUUUUUGAGGCAAGUAAGAAAGGGAAAUGGUACAUUAGGUGCCUCUUGUUUGUAGUUUUCUCUGCAUCUCAAAUUCUUAGAAUAUAAGACAUCUGUGCUUUUUAUUUAUUUUCUUCUUUGUUGUUUCUGUGUAUUUUGUUAAAGCCAAAUUAAGGCUUUUGUAAAGCUUGGGUGGGGGUUCAAUAAAAAAGUAACAAAAAUGGAU